CACAGUGCUUUCACUAUGGGCUUCCGGGCUGUUGCAACCUGGUACCGCUGCCUCCCAGCGCUCUGCUCCGGGACAGCGCUUCGGGUCGCUCCGGUGCUCAGACCCGCACCCUUCGUUUCCAUCCUGGGCAGAAGAAACCUGAACGUGCAGACAGCAACUGAGGCGGUUAAGCUGAAGAGCAUUGAUGACUUACCGGGGCCCAGCCGGUCCACCAGUAUGUACUGGUUGUUGGUCAAAGGAUACGCGGAAAAGAUGCACUUACUGCAGGGUUUACAGAAGCGUCUGUAUGGGCCCAUCUGGCGCUCCAAGUUUGGCCCUUUUGACAUCGUCAAUGUGGCGACUCCUGACCUCAUUGGUCAGGUGAUCCAGCAGGAAGGCCGCUACCCAGUCCGAGUUGAGAUGCCCCACUGGAAGGAGUACAGGGAGCUGAGGGGCCAGGCCUACGGACUCCACGUAGAAACAGGACCAGAGUGGUACCGCAUCCGCAGUGCCCUGAACCCCAAGAUGCUGAAGCUACAGGAGGUAUCGGUCUAUGCCUCCACCAUCCAGCAGGUGACUGGAGAUCUGCUGCAACGCAUUGAGCUCUUACGAGCUCGCAGUCAGGACCAAGCCACAGUUUUGGACGUGGCAGCUGAGCUCUACAAGUUUGGCUUUGAAGGUAUAUCCUCCAUCCUGUUUGAGACCAGACUGGGGUGCCUGCAGGAGGAGAUUCCCCAUGAGACUCUUCGCUUCAUCAAGGCUCUUAACGACAUGAUGACGUUUGCUGACAUGGUGCUUCUCUUCCCACGAUGGACCCGCAACAUCCUCCCCUUCUGGAAACGCUUUGUUCAGGCCUGGGAUGACCUCUAUGAAGUAGCUCAGAUGCUCAUCGACAGAAGAAUGGCUGAAGUUGAAGCUCAGGUGAGCAGGGGUGAGCCUAUAGAGGCCAUGUACCUGACCUACCUGCUGUCUUCUGGCAAACUGACCAAAGCGGAAGUCUACAUUAGCGUUACAGAGCUGAUGCUGGGAGGAGUCGACACGACGUCCAACACCUUGUCGUGGGCUUUGUAUCACUUAGCGAGAGACAGCAGGGCUCAGGAUCGACUUUACAGCGAGGUGAAUUCGGUUUGCCCUGACAAGCGGGAGCCAACCAUGGACGACCUGAGCAGGAUGCCCUUCCUGAAGGCCGUCAUAAAGGAGACAUUACGCCUGUAUCCAGUGGUUCCUGGAAACGGACGCUUUGUUUCGGAGAACGAGGUGAUUCUGAAUAACUACUGGUUCCCGAAGAAGACUCAGUUCCAUCUGUGCCAUUAUGAAGCCUGCCACGAUGAGUCCGAGUUCACAAAUGCAGAGCACUUCCUCCCAGAGCGGUGGUUUCGCAGUGACACGCCGAAUAGCCGCAGCGACAGAGCCAGGCCCGGCUUCUACCAGCAUAACCCUUACAGCUUCAUCCCGUUCGGCGUCGGGGUGCGAGCCUGUGUGGGGAAGAGGGUGGCAGAGAUGGAGAUGUACUUUGCUCUGUCCAGGCUGAUGCAGCAUUACGAGAUCCAGCCUGAAGAUGGUGCACCGACAGUGGAGGCCAAAACUCGGACGCUGCUCAUCCCCGCUAAGCCCAUCAACCUGCGCUUCCUCCCCAGAGCCUGAAGAUGGCGCCAGUGAUGGCGAGCAGCUUGUACAUUCACAAUAAAAGUGCUCCCAGAAGUUUCUUUCUCAGUGUAACUUUAGUUUGAGCAACAGGCUAAAACUGCACAGAGGUACAAAUGAGUAAUUAGAUAAAAAUUUAAGGCCAUUUCUGGUGUUUGCCAGUCUGGGUGUGGUGCAGUAACGCAUCUGAGCCUUCAUGGUGCAGAUUCCUGUCAGCAGCCGAUUUAACAAAUUUCAGCAAUGGUGGUAGUGAGUAAAUCCUCAAGCCAGGUUGUCACAUGCAGGGAUUUCUCUUUAGGAACACAUUUAAUGGGCACAUUUAUCAUUUUAAAGAAAUAAGCUCAUAAUUUAUCUACACAUUUAUCUUUAUAUGUAUUUCUUUAUAUUUCCUUAGCUAACGUCUGUUAUGGUCUUCCUUUAUUAUUUCAUAAUUAUUGUCAUUCUGUUUAGUUUUAGUCUUCUGGUAUAGUUCUGGAUUUUUCAGCAAUUAAAGGCACGUUUUUUGUUUUUUAAACCUCCUUUAGGUUUGUGCAUGUGGCUCCUCAGUUUAUUAACCCAUAACAGUAUUUGCAAAACAGAUGUUAUUAGUUUUUAGUUACUACUCAAGUAUAACUUCUUUGCACUGUCAGAUCUGAGAGUACACUGGCUGUUAAAGCCGUUUAAACACAUUACUUUAUUUACUUUCAUUAACUUUUACGCUGACUUUGAGUUUGACAUUGACUUUGGCUUAAGUGAAUCUCUGAAGUCUUUGAUGAUGAACCAGUAAAGUGAAAUUCUCCCUUUAAAGUUUUUAAAGAUUUUAUUUGUGCAUGUAUUUACACACAAAAGAGCUGUUUUAUCUUUCAUAAACAUAUUUGUGCAGGAAGUAAUUUCAUAUUCUUCUUCCUCUUUCAGAGAAGCCAGAAAGAGAGAAAAAUGACUUCUCUGCAGAGUUUAGAUGUUCACACAAAAUUGAACCUAAUGCCCAAAUCUUGCCUUCUGCAUUAUAUAAUCACUGUAAUUGUAUAACAAUGAGUCCUAAUAUCAGUGUGUGUGUGUGUGUGUGUGCCGGUCUAACUCCAAGCGCUUUGCAUACCUGUUUUUAUUAAUCUCUUUGGUGCAUAUAAAGCUGGAGCAGGUGGAGCUCAAAGCUCAGAUGUUGGAAGUGUGAAAAUACUUAUGCAGAUGGGUAGUGCACACUGCCCCCCUGUGACAAUAAGGAGGAACGGCAGGCUGUUUAUAUAUUUAAAGGUGAGGUUAAUAAAAUAUUUUACACCGAUCACUGUUUGUUUUGCUGUAAGCUCAGCAUCAACCACACAGAGGAAUAAAGUUGGAGAGAGUGUGUGAAUUUACUGAAGGAAAAACGAAUGUUUACCAACUUUCUUAAAAUUAAUUUAGUUGUAGUUUGAAGCUCUAGAUGCAGACUUUUCUAACUCGGCUCUUCCUUUUUUUUCUUUGCAAUGGUUUUGAACAAUUACAAUAUCACAUGUAGACGUGGUGAUUGUGAUCCCAGUAAAGAUGAAAUGUUUGUGUUUUUUCUAAAUAAAUCAAGUAUUUUCUUUA